UCCAGCAGCAGCAGCACCAGCACCACCAACAGCAGCAGCUGGCCCCCCAGCAGCACCAGCAGCACCAACAGCAGCAGCUGCCUUCCCCAUCAGCACCAGCAGCAUCUCCAGCAGCAGCAGCACCAGCACCAGCACCACCAACAGCAGCAGCUGCCCUCCUCAGCAGCACCAGCAGCAUCUCCAGCAGCAGCAGCAGUGUCAGGAUGGUGAACUACCAGAUUCGUGUAUACCAGGACUCGGAUUAUCAGAGCGUGCGGGACCUGUAUGUAAGUGGUGUCCGCCAGCAUUUCCCCAGGGUGUGUCGCUAUGUCCUGAAGCAGCCUGUGAUCCAGGCCAGUGUCACUGUCAGCUUGUCCUUGCUGUUGGUGCUGUGCGACUCCUUGCUGCUGUUUCUCUUCCUGCUGGCUGUGUUACUGGUCCUGGGCCGCCUGCUCCUCAAGAGACUUUGGGACCUCCUGAUUGACCAAAACCUGAGGGCAGACCUCCUGGACAUCUGGGCAUCGUACAGUGAACGGCCAGGUGCCUGUUUCUGGGUGGCACAGUGGGAUGGUGUUGUGAUCGGGACAGUUGGAGCUGUUCCAUCUGACCACUCGCCCACUGACCUUGAGCUGAAACGACUGAACGUUCACCGGGAGUACCGUGGCCAGGGCAUUGCCAAGGCCCUGUGCCACACUGUCCACGAGUUUGCUCAUCUCUCUGGCUUCACUGGCAUCGUGCUGGGCACUUCAGUCAUUCAGACAGAAGCGCAGCAGCUCUAUCGCAAGCUGGGCUACAGGCUGGUGGGCACGAGGGUCGUGCCACACACCUUUGCUAAACUCAUCAACUACACCAUCUACAAAUACCAGUACCAGCUCCGCCCCAGCCCUGACCGCCCACAAACACAGGAAUGAUUACUGGGAGAGUAACCCGCAGCCUGUCCCAGAGCAGGAAUGUGCCCCAAUCAGGACAGGCCAUGACAAACACACAGCCUCUCAAACUAGGGACCGAUCAAACAAACCAACAUGGUUACCAGGAUAGGACAGAUCUUGUUAAAGGAGACAGACAGAUCAACCUGUUCAUUCAAGGGAAGAGGUGAUAACCAUGUGCAUUAUAUUUAAUUGGACUGACUAUCAAGCUACACAUGUUGACAUAUGUGUUUUCCAGGCAAGCCGUACUAUCCUAGUGCAUCGGGGGAUCAGAACAGACACCAGGAAGCAGUGUUCCAGCUGCUGAGGAACUGCACUGAAAGGUAGAAGCUUGUUAGUCAUUUUGAUAGACGUACAAUUGAGUUUUAAAACAGCAGAUGGUUAUAAGACACAUGAGGAGUCACCAUGCUCUGGCACCACCUUUUUAUCGAGAGCCCGAGAAUACAGGAGCAGAAUUUAUAAUAGAUGGAAGCUGUUCCACUAGACACAUGAUCAGGGCUAAUCCUGGACAACCCUUAUUAUUUCCCUCAGUUCCCUGGAAAAUCCAACAGUCCCAGCCCUCGACGACUGACUGAGACUCCACAAUCUCCAAUGGGAGAGAAUUCCAAAAUUCACAAGGCUUCUGAGUUUUCCAGAUUCAAAUGAGAUUGCCUCUCAUUCCUCGAAACCCCUGAGUAUUGGUCCAACUUAUUCAGCUCCUCAUCACCAGGAUCCGAUUUAAGUGAGCCCUCACUGUAACUCUUUCAGUUUUAGUUUAUAUUAAAAGUACACAAUGUUCCAAAUGCGAUCUUAGCAAAACCCGAAAACUGCGCCAUUACUCCAAGACUCUUGCAAAGGAGCGAGAGAGAGAGUAACUCUUUAUUUGUCAUUUCUCCCACAUACAACUGAUACAGUGAAAAUGAGACAGCGUUCCUCCAAUACAUGGACAGCACAAUCUACACACUCGUACACCGCAUAAAGUGAAAAGGAAGUGCAGAACACACACAUUACACUGGAAUAGAAGAACGAUAAAUAAUAGGCAUUAUUCCUACAGCAAUCCGAAGUCAUGCAAAGGGUUUCAGAUGGGAAAGAGUCCGAUCAUAUGGUGUUAAGGAGCCCGAUGACUUGGGGGAAGAAAUUGUCGCUCAGCCUGGCUGUGAGAGACUGGGUAUGCUGGUACCUUCUGCCAGAUGGCAGGAGGGAGAAGAGUUUGAGUGAGGUGGGG